AUGGAAUGUCAAUUAAAUAGUGUUGUUUUAAAUGAAGCUUCAGGAUACAAUUUGCAAUGGGUUAUAUUUAAUAAUGACACAAUUACAUUCCAAGUUUCAGUAAAUAAAAAUGCAUGGGUCGCAUUAGGAUGGCAUUGCAAAGGCUGUUCUAGCGAUGGUGCAAUGGAGAAUGCCGAUUACAAUAUUGCAACCUUCGAUAGUAAUGGUAAUGGUGUAGUUUGGGAUUGUGUUAAUCCUGAUGGAACACCAAUGAACGAUACAGAUGCAGGUUUCACAAACGAUAUUAUCUCUUACAGCGCAUACCAAACCAGCGGCUAUUCAAUUAUGAUUUUCUCAAAGAAAUUAUCAACUGGUGAUAAAGGUGGUGAUCGUAUUCUUUAUGAUGGACCAACCGAUUUUAUUUGGGCUCAUGGUGAAAGCAAUGGUUUUGGUGAUCAUGGUGUUGGCAAUUCAGGUAGAGUUACAGUCGAUCUUUCAAAGGGCCAAAUCGUUGCAUCAGAGGGCAUCGAUUACGUUGACUGGCAUGCAAGUUUCAUGUGUGUUGCUUUUGGUCUUUUAAUGCCAUUCAGUAUUUUUUCAGCACGUUUCUUAAAGGUAUUCAUGUGGUGGUGGCCAAUUCAUUACGUCUGCAAUGGUCUUGCUUCAAUUUGUGCAAUAAUUGGUUUUGGCAUGGCACUUAAAAUGGUUGGUGGCUUCGAUUUCUCAACCACACACAGUAUUUUUGGUAUUAUCACUCUUUGUUUAGUAGUUGUUUCAAUUCUUUUUGGUGUACUUUCACAUUUCCUUUGGAAACCAACAAGAGAAAAGACCCCAAUUUUCCCAGAUAUUCUUCAUUGGUUCAUUGGUCGUAUUACUUUUGCCCUUUCCAUUGCAUCUAUUAUCACUGGUAUGGUUCUUCGUCAAGUCCCAACCCCAGUUAUCAUUGUUUUCUCUGGUAUAAUUGGUUUCUAUUUCUCCAUUGUAGCACUUAUCGAAAUUUACAAAAAAGUUUAUCCAAAUUAUUUAGAUACUUCCCACGAACCAACUCCAUCAUCUUAUUCAAAAAUUAACUAUUACUCCAAUUAA